AUGGAAAACAGUAGGGUUUACGGAAACCAGUUCAAGAAUUGCAAUUCUCUUCUUAAUGUCAUCAAGCCAACCACAAGAAAUAGACUUGAUUCACGGCAAUUCGAGGCCUUGUCAAAAUCAGCAAAUGACAUAACUGUGGCCCCUCUGCCUAGCAUGAGCAGUGGAACUAUGCAU